GCUGAUUGGGAAAGAUAACAUAUAUCAAAGAAAAUUCAGCUGCAGUUGGCUAGAUCUGAUUCUAAAAGUUUAGUAAAGGGACAGAUGGCGAGACCCAAGUUUGUCAUUAGGUCUACUUGGCAGUUACUGGGGUUUUUCAGGGUAGAGAGGCAGGAUAGAUGGUAAAACCUAGAAGUCCUUUAUCUCACUUGAUAAGAAAUAAAAUCACUCAGACCUCUCAGAUUGGCUAAGAUGACAAGAAAGGAUAAUGAUAAAUGUUGGAGGGGAUGUGGGAAAACUAAGACACUAAUGCAGUGUUAGUGGAGUUGUGAAAUGAUCCAACCAUUCUGGAGAGCAAUUUGGAACUAUGCCCAAAGGGUUAUCAAACUGCAUGCCCUUUGACCCAGCAGUGCUAUUACUGAAUCUGUAUCCCAAGGAAAUCAUAAAGGAGGGAAAAAAUCCACAUGUGCAAAAAUGUUUGCAGCAAUUCUUUUUGUGAUAGAAAAGAAUUGGAAAAUGAGUAGAUGCUCGUCAAUUGAGGAAUGGCAUGAAGUUAAUAUUAUCGUUUUAUAAAAAAUGAUGAACAAGCUGAUUAUAGAAAAUGCUUGGAAAGAUUUACAUGAACUGAUACUAAGUGAAACAAGCAGAACUAGGAAUACAUUGUACACAACAACAGCAAGAAUGUGUGAUGAUCAACCAUGAAAGGUUUGGUUCUUAGUAUUUAGUGAUCCCAAUAGACUUUGAACAGAAAAUGCCAUCUACAACUAGAGAAAAAACUGAGGAGACUGAAUAUAAAACAACACAUGCUAUGUUCACUGAUUUUUUUUCAGUUUUUUUUUUUUUUAAUCUCUCCUAUGGUUUUUCUCUUUUGCUCUGGUUUUUCUCUCCCAACAUAAUUCAUAAAACAAUGUGUAUUAAAAAUAAACUAAAAAAAAAAAGAAAUAAAAUUGGAAACUCCUAUCUUAUCCAACUUGUUUGAGUAGUGAAGCAGCAAAGAUAUGUUCUGGGGCAAGGGAGGAGAUGAAUGGGGAAAGAGUGGGUGGAAUGUCUGGGACUUUUCCCUUCUCUUUCUCUUGGAAUCACCCCUUCCCUACUUUAAACCACACCUACUCCCCAAGUUAUGGAAAAGUUUGGGGUCAAUGAAUGUAAAAAGUUAAGACUCCUAAACACUACCCUCCCCCUCUUCCCCCCCCCCCCCAACUUCUGUUGCUUUGCUGUUCACCAGUGUUGGCCGCUAAAAAGUCUUAUAGUGUUACUGUUGAGAAUUAAUCUGAGAAUAGUCUAUUCCUGCUGAGUCAGAAUAUUUGCUAGUUUGAGUAGUUGUCAGAACAAACAUUAAUAUUGGUAUAGAAUUUUCCUUUUUGUUGUUGUAUAGUUUCAGUCACAUCCAGCUCUUCAUGAUUCCCUUUUUUGGGUUUUCUUGGCCAAGAUCCUGAGUGGAUUUCCUUCUCCAGCUCAUUUUACAGAUGAAGAAACUGAAGCAGAGAAGUGCUUCACCGAUAUAGACAUAUUUUGGGAUUGUGGCAACCAGACAUUGGGCCAUAUGGAGGGCUGUUGAAUGUUGUGGUAGAUGGUUUAUUUAUCAUUGGUUGGAUGUAUCUGCCUCCCCAUGACCCCCAUGUUGAUGACCCCAUGAGAUUUAAACCUCUAUUUAGGAUUCACUUAAUGGAAAGAAAGUCUGCAACUGUUGAGUGUAUGUAUGGUCACAAAGGGCCCCAUAACGGCCAUAUUCAGAUUGUAAAGAAGGAUGAGUUUUCUACCAAGUGCAACCAGACAGAUCAUCAUAGGAUGUCUGGUGGGAGACAAGAGGAAUUCCGAACAUGGCUGAGAGAAGAAUGGGGGCGGACCUUGGAAGACAUUUUCCAUGAACACAUGCAGGAGCUUAUUCUGAUGAAGUUCAUAUAUACCAGUCAAUAUGACAAUUGUCUGACCUAUAGGCGAAUCUACCUCCCUCCUCGAAGGCCUGAUGACCUCAUCAGGCCAGGCCUCUUCAAGGGGACUUAUGGGAGCCACGGCUUAGAGAUCGUCAUGCUGAGCUUCCAUGGGAAAUGUGCCAAAGGAACAAAGAUCACGGGAGAUCCCAAUAUUCCAGCUGGCCAGCAGACUGUAGAAAUUGACCUCAUGCACCGAAUCCAGUUGCCUGAUGUCGAGAACCUGCGUAACUUUAAUGAGCUCUCGCGUAUCAUCCUGGAGGUACGAGAGCAAGUCCGUCAGGAGCAGCAGCAGCAGGAGGGGCAGGAGGAAGGGCAGGGCCAUGCCCGCCCGAGUGCCAGAGAAGGCCCGCCAGGGCCUGCUUACCAGAAGCCAGAGCCACCCCUGCCUACUCCCUCUCGGGCCGCAGAAGAAGAAGGUGGGACUGAGAAGGGGGUGGAAGCCUCCGGAGGGGUGCCACCAGCAGCCCCAGACCCAGCUCCGUCCGAGGCCGGGCAGCCUUUUGUGCUACCCGCAGGAGUGAUCUCCAGAAAUGAAGACUACCCUCGAACCUGUCGGAUGUGUUUCUAUGGCACAGGUCUGAUAGCAGGACAUGGCUUCACCAGCCCGGAGCGGACUCCAGGCAUCUUCAUCUUGUUUGACGAGGAUCGCUUUGGGUUUAUCUGGCUGGAACUGAAAUCCUUCAGCCUUUACAGCAGGAUCAAGGCCACUUUCCAGAAUGCCGAGCCCCCUUCCCCAGAAGCUUUUGAUGAAAUGCUCAAGAAUAUUCAGUCAUUGACAACUUGAUGAUCUACUUCUCAUCAAAGAGGGAGGCUCGCUGGAAGGGAAUAUCUCAUCUCCUUUGGCUUCUGGAGGAUGAGAUAAGACUUGCAGACAUUGGUAUCUAUGACUCAAAGCAGCAUGCACUUUUGAAAUAAGGCCUUUUUACCAAAAUGCACACUUUAUUGUCAAAGGAGUAUAAAUUCACGCACCCUUCCUUGAAGUACUUUCUAUGUAGUAUGUAAUAUAGACCUGUAUAUUUGCCAGUAACCUUUGGAGAAGAACAUUGAGCAUGUCACCACUUACACAGAACAAAACUCAAUCAGAACCAGAUUGAGAGAAACAGUCCAGGGAGUUGUGAAGCUGCUAGCUUGAGGGAGGUGAGCCUGUCUUUGGCUCCUGGCAGUUUUCCAGGGGAAACAAAAACAUGUUUCAGGGAAGUUGGUACUAUCAUGUCAGAAUUCUCUUAUUGUAAUCAGGAGAGGAUUGAUCAGAAAAUGGAUGCCCCAAUGGCUUUUUUGCCUAGGAUCAAAAAAGAAGAUAAUGACUUGUAGAUCUGAGGGAAUUGGGCAGGCUGUCUGGAGCUGGAUUUUUUUGAAGAUGAGACUGAAUUAUUCAGCUUGGGUGGGUCCAUUUCUAGUAAAUAGAACUGAUCCGGAGGCAGUAAAGUCCAGUGGCUACAAUGCCAGUUUUGGAGUUUGGAGACCUGGGCUUUCUUCCAGGUUCUUCUGCUGAUUCAUUUAGACUUUGGACAAAACACUUAACCUCCAGCCUGUGCUUCUCCAUUUGUAAAAUGAAGCUUAUAUUUGUCACUUGAACGUUAGAGUGCUCUGAGAUUCUUGGAGGAGCAACCACACACAAAUACAGAGUAGGGUUAGAAGAAUAAAAUAGAGUCUGUUACCCCUCUUCCUGUACACAAAGCUUGCCUUGUACUCUGUAUCAUCCAUACUCUAGUUCAGAUGACCAUCUUCACAGUCACUUCCAUGUCUAACUAAAGCUAACAUUGCAUUAAUUUUUAUAUUAUGCUAUGCUUGAUACACUUGUGUGGUGAUACUAGGAAUGAAACACUGGGCCAGAUAAUUCUCUGAGUGCAAGAUAUAAGGGAUAUACCCAGAGAUUUGCAUCUUAGACCACCAUGUCACAGUCACUAUUGUGAUCUCUUUUAGAUUGGUGCUGGGUGUGAUUAAAAUUGUUUAGCAACUGAAAUGGAUGCACCUAGAAGGCCUUUUGUUUGUAUAUGAAUUAAGUCCUCGAGUUUGAGAAUAUUGAAUACUUUGUGAAUUACAAACAGUGAGUACUGUCUGUCCCUUGAGUGUUCUUUACCAUCUGAAACUCUUGUGGAUGGUCUGUCUCAUGAUAGAAUAAAUACUCAUCCAUUUUCAAGACCCUGUUUUAAUGUUGCCAUUGUUUUUACUGUUUUAUUAAGAACUAUGACUAAAUGCCAGGCUUCACAUUUUUCUUUUUUAUUUUUAAGCCUUUUCUUUGUCUUAAUAUAGGCAAGUAGGACAUUUCCCUACACUGAAGAGAUUCUUGUAGAAAGUGCUCUUUUAUUUUUGUUUGUUUUUGUGUGGGGGGCAUAUGUACUUGGUAAGAAUUCUCUUCGAUUACCCUGGCCAGUAUAUUCUAUUUGGCAGUUGGACAUAUGGAAGAGGUAGUAAUUUGAUAUGGUGUCUUUGCUGACCCUUGCCUUAGAUAUUUCUCUGAACCUCCCCUUCUCUAUUUUUGUUUUUUGGUAAUAGCUCCUGAACUGGCAUUUUUCAAUUUGAAACAAGGUCAUCCCAAAUUUAAUAUCCUGGGCACUGUUCUUAAUCAGCUUAAGCUUUAUUUUUCUUAGAUUCUCUUUAAACCCUGAGAAUAGUGUUUUGAAAAUUUAUUUUGAAGAGCCUUUCUUUGUACUUAGAGAGUUGUUAAAGUGUUAUGUUGAGAUGCGUAACAAGAGUCUGGUUCAAACCAAGUGCACCUGGUUGUCUUUGCCUCCCAGUUUAAAAGCAUCUAUGCCCAAGCACUUUUUAAAAUUGGAUUUUUCUGUCAGUGAAGCAGUGAAGUGAAGCCUGCUGCAGAAAUGAAUUGUUUUGUACCAGAUAUUUUUUGCUUUUUUUCUUGACAAGACCAACUGUAAGCCUUAGCAUCUUUCUCAUCCUGAUGUUUUAGGCAGUGGUUAUGGAGAAAGUAAAAAGCCUAAGGGUAGUUGAGGGUGCUAAUUGUGUGUACCUUUUAGUUUUCAAUAAAUCCAAUUAAAAAGAUAUUUUUAAAUAAGAUACUUAUACCUGACCUGCCAGAUCACUGACUCUCUCAGAGUGAAUCUAAAUAAACCCUUUAUAAUAUAUGCUUUGUUCUCUCCCUCUUUGGACUGUGUCAGUAAGGGAGUCCCAAGACCAUUUAUUAAAAUAGCCUAGGUAACAGCCUAUUCUUGGAAUCUCUGUUUUGGCUGAGGAACAGCUUAUGUUGGGCUCGAAGGAACGCUGUGGCCAUCAAGGGCAGUUGUUUGCUGCAGGAGGGCUCAGGUGGGCCAGCACCUUCCAAGCUGGCAUUUUUCUACAGGGGACAAUAUGUACUAAUUAUAAUAAUUAUGUUCUUUCAUUCUUUAAUGGCUUGAUUUUUUUUUUUUUUUUUUUUGCUUUUUAAGGCUAGAUUAAUGUAAGUGAGAAAUUACCAAGAAAAAAAUUACAUGUGGAAAUUAUUAUACCUGUAAGCUUCCAAAUGAGGAGAGAGAAAAUACCAGAAAGUCCAUUAUGGCACAGUUGUUUAAUCUCUCUAAUUUUGAAAUUUAUGGUUAGCUUUUAUUUUUUGCUGAGGUGAGAAUUUGAUCUAGAUUGCCAACAAAGGCCAAAACUUUGUUGAUUAAACAUUUGAUGAGAAAUUCAGUUUUCCUGUGGAAAAACUAGAACAGAUGGCACUUUCUACAGCGUGCAAUUCUCUUUAUGGUUAGGUUUAAGAUCCUCUAUGAAAUCACAUGAUAUGGGCUUCAGUUUUAGGGGACGUUAGUAAUUCCAUCUGGAGAGUUCUUGGCUUCUGCAACCUGAUUUUGCAUCAGUGAUGACUUUAUUUGUAAAUUCUGCUCCUUUUGCAGCAUAGUAAUAAUUUGGGAGUGAGUUAGAUUUACUAUAAAUCUCUUGAUACUUGAACACAGGCCAUUUUCACUUAUUUUCUUGGGGUUUGAGAGUUGACGUAACCUGACCAGUCAUUACUGAAUUUUCUGCUUAUAGGCCACGAAUGGAAAUGUUGAAUUUGGCAUUAGGUUAUGUGAUGGUGGUUUGCAAGGAUAUCACUCCUUGACUAGUUGGGCCCUUACUUGGAAGGUAAACAUAGAUUUGCAUUUGUACUACGAGUAAUUUAAGGGUGCUGAUUUGGCAGCAAUCUUUCCAUUGAAUUUUGUGCCCAUCUUUGAGAUGUACUUUCCAGGCUAAUCAUUCAGCUGAUUUUAUCAACUCUUCUUUUCUCUGAUCCUUCCCCUCAUUCAGACUUAAAUUGUUUAAAUAUAUUCAGCGAGUUAGGAGAAGAGGGUUGAGCAGUGUUCCAGAAGGGUUUUCAUCCAGUGUAGAAAUAGCCCCGCUUCAUUUUAUGUAGUUCUUUGAGAGCUUGGGAAAAUGGCCUACUUGAUUGGAAGUAAAGCCUUAUGUGUUUAGAAGUUUUCCACUGAUUCUUCUGGGCCUGGGGAGGGAAGUGAGGAGUUGUUGGGGUCCCCCAGAAAGGUCUCUCUUGGGACCAUAUGAAUUUUGCAAAAUCAUGAUUGUUUGACAGCUACUUUUCAUCAUCUGGAUCAAAUGAAAUAAUAUGUAUAAAGUGCUUUGUAAACCUUAAAGUGCUAUAAAAAAUGUUAACCAUUGUUUCCUGUGUGGCCCAGGUGUCUGGGAUUCACCCAUCUUUCUGUGCUUCAUUGUUUGACCACUUUUCUGCUUAUUUGUAGUUAGGAAGAAACAGUGAAUAGGUGAGUCUGAGAUCGGCUUCUCACUGGGGGCCAGGUCUGUUGUUAGUUGCUAGGGGGGAGUGUUUUGGGAACCAAACCCGAUUAGGUUUUUGGAUUGGUUUAGUUCAUUUGUCCUCUGGUCAUGUAUAGUUGAACUAGUUAUUUGGUGUGGUAGUAGGAUUAAGAUAAAAAUUGUUAAAGAAACCGAUUUACAUGAUUUAUGGAAAUGUUUUAAGAAAAUCAAUAGUGUUAAAACUUUGUCAAAAUCAUUUCUAAUGGUGUGUCCCAGCUUUAAAAAAUUCUCAGGAGAAAUGGUCCUAUCACUCUUGAGACAGGGGUGCUGUCUCCCUCUUCCCUUCUCUUGCUCCAGUCCUCUUGUUAAUUUAGGGGUUCUUAACUUAUUGUCACAGAUCCUUUUGACAGUCUAUGGGCUUUUGUUUAGAAUAAUAUUUAAUUACCUAUACCCCAAAUUAGAGGAAAUGCUGAAUUUCAGUUGAGGUUAGAGAAGAUAAAGAUGUAAUUUAUUUUAUUUUAUUUUUUACUUUCCAAGUUCAGGGACUUCCUGUAAUCUAUUUGCAGGCCCCAGGUAAAGAACCAGGAUUCCUUGGGUUAAUUGACAGCAUAUUUAAGACAACUAACUUAUUUACCUCUCUGAGGCAAGAAAUUCAAAAUUGUAUGUUCAAAGAUAAUGCUAGAAGAUCAUAGAUGAUGUAGGUUUGAAUGCUUACUGUGAGUGAUGGUGGGUUUUGUUCUAAAUUUUCACAUAGUAGGUGUAAUUUAAGUGUUAAAUUUUUACAAAAUAAUUAUAAAUGUACCACCUUCAAGGUAGAAAAAAGGCUGAGAUAUUUAUGAGCAGCCUUUGGACACACGGGAGUUGGCACCUUUAAUACUAGCUGGGUACUUCUAACUCUCAGAAUUCAAUAUUGAUUUAUAAGGAGAGCCAGCAGAAGCCAAGGUGUAUGAAUUUGGUUUCUUUGUUGAUGUAGUUAAGGUAAAGUUGUUAAACUUGGUCUGAUUGACAGGUAUCCUACGUUAAAGACUCGGUAGGGCAGGAGAAACAAAGUGGGCUUGGGAGGGAAAGAGGAGGAGACAGCUCUAUGUUCUUUCCUUAAAAGCCUUGAUUUAUAAAAAAUCCUGAAAUUGAAGGCAUCGUCCAGCAUCUUUUCAAACCCUGUAACCAGUCUGCUUAGUCAGGUCAGGGCUUUUUUUUUUAAGGGGGUUCCCUCUGGCCAAAGCAGCAUUCAUUUGGCCAUGGAUUUCUCUGGAUCCUCCAUGACGAGGGGUUUUCUGUGUGUGGGGGGGGAGGGAGUGGGGGGGAGGGGGGGAACCUUUCUGGAUUCAUGGAGCUUCUGUACUUUUUACAUUAGACUGUUGUUACAUGGGGAGCUGUUUGAUUUUUUUCCCUUUUCAGUUUUCAAUAAAUGAAUUUUAAACAC